UAAAGUUACAUAAGAAUAAAAUUUAUCCUAUAAAUUCAUUCUAUUCUAAUCUAUUCCUACAAAUCUUUUCAAUUCUGAGUAAGUUUGAUUAGCUUGCGCAGGUGCUCUUUCUAAUUUUCAAAAUCUAUUUGGAUUUCAUUAAUCCGUUCUGUUGCAGCAUUAUAAAUAUCACGAAAGAAAAAAAAUCACAAAAUAGAUUGAGCUGUUCAAAACGUUGGCAGUAAUUGAAAGCAUAGAAGUACUGGCUCAACUAAAAAUUUAAUCUUUAGUACAAGAUGUACGAAUACAACAUUACAAGAGAAAACUCAUACCCAACUCCACUUGCAAAUACAACUCUUUUACCUCUCAUGCUCAUGUCUUUGGCAACUCAAAAGAAUGCACCGACAGUCCUUCAAACACCAUCAUCUCUGUAUUCUGAAUACGAUUUCAUCAUUGUAGGUGGAGGAUCAGCGGGAUCUACAGUGGCAGCUCGUUUAUCCGAACUACCGUGCUGUAAUGUGCUUUUACUAGAAGCUGGAAAUGUAGGGCCUUUGUUAAAUGAUAUACCUGCAUAUUCAAGAAAUUAUUAUUUCGAUGACAUUAAUUGGAUGUACAAAACUACACCACAAAAAAACACAGCUCGGUUGCAAAUUGUAAAUUGGCCCAGUGGAAAAGGUCUUGGUGGAUCAAGUCUUUUGAAUUCCAUGAUGUAUCUUAGAGGAAAUAAGAAGAACUUCGAUGAUUGGGCUGAGGACGGAGCAAAAGGAUGGAGUCACGAGGAAGUACUUCCUUAUUUUCUGAAGCUUGAAGACGAGCGGGAUUCUCGAUAUUACCAACCUGAACAGCCUGACUGUUUUCACUUCAGCGAGAUAUCAGUGAUAUUGUUUGUCCUGUUUUUUCUUUCUUUUAUACUCUGCAUAACAGAAUACCAUUCCACUGGGGGACCAAUGGCAGUCGAAUCUCCAAAUUUCUAUCCUAAGAUUCAAGAUCCGAUAUUUGAAGCUGCCAGAAGCAUGGGGUACGAAAUCGUUGAUCCUAAUGCCGAGAAACAAACAGGAUUUGUGGAAGUUCAAGCGUCUCUUCGUAACAUGCAAAGGUGGACUACUGCGAAAGCUUAUUUAGUGCCGGCGGAACACAGAAAAAACUUACAUAUUCUUACAAAUGCUCACGUGACUAAGAUAUUGCUCCAGAAUAAUAGAGCAGUCGGUGUUUCAUUUGAAGUGAAUGGAGAAAGAUACGCAAUAGAAGCAAGGAAAGAAGUAAUUGUAUCUGCCGGUAGUAUUAAAACUCCUCAAAUAUUGAUGCUCUCUGGAAUAGGACCAAAAAAUGAUCUUACAAAACUUGGAAUUCCUGUCGUAGCUGACCUACCCGUUGGACACAAUUUGCAAGACCAAUGUUCAUGUCCAAUGAAUUUCGCUUUGGACUCUAAUUUAGAGACUGCAGACGAACAGUUAGCUGAUCCUGAAAUAAUCGAGCAAUACAUCAAUCACCGAGAAGGUAAUGAAAUAAUAAUUUAUUUGAAGGAGUAUUUCGAAAGAAAUUAUUAUAUUAGUUUUAUUAGAAGUAAUAAUUUUACUUAGUUUAAAUGUUAAUGU